AGCAUGGGGGCCCGGCCCCGGAGCUAGGUCACAGUAGGUGUGUUUGAUCAUGGUAAUCUCUCUACUUUACUUCGGAUGAUAAAGCGAGAGAAAAAGCAAGCGAGAUGGAUCCGAAAGCUCAGUUCUCCCCCACUGCUCUGUGGGGUAAGAUAGCAGCUGCCCAAAGACAACGACUCGGCUCUGUGACAUAUUUAUUGAAUUUCUCGGUGUGGAGUGCCCAGCUGCUAGAACUCAAGCCAGCAGAUUACCUGAGGCCAUGGUUCUGGAAAUCACUGGAAAUUGCCUAUUGGCCUCCGAAUACCGCACAAGCAAUGCCGACGGCGAGAAAGGCCGCCGCGCACCGGAAAUCCAAUAUGAACAUUUGUGUGUAACAUCACAGACACUUGGUGAAGUGUCAGUCGCGUCAGAGUCCACAGGUGAGCAAGAGAUACUCCGACUCGAUCAAGCUCGCCAGCGUGCCUACGAAGUGGAUUUCCCUCCUCUUGGUGCGUCCCAUACUGUAAGGGAGAGGAAGAACUUGAAGAGUCAAUCUGCUAAACAAGAGCAUUCGGCACAGCAGCAACCUACACGGACUCAGACUAACGGAGCAGCAGCAGCAGCCACUGUUGUACGCACGACCAGCACACGUCAUCGCAAGAAGCACCGGCGUCUAGUCGGGCAAGACAUCUUCAAGGUGCUGGGACUCGCCGUGGAACUGCUAGAAGACGAGGACGACUAUGCGCAAUGGCCGGAGUCACAAGGUCGCAGCGCUGAUCACGUGGAAGACACGAUGUGCGGGGACGUGGUUCACACCGAUCAUGCCUAUGCCAUCAGUGAAGCCCUCGGCUUUGAGGAGUGUGUCAUGGAAUGCUCCAGGCACCGUAAGUUGCCGACAUCCAGCACUAUGGACGGAGCUAGGCACGGUGCAACAAGGCAUCUUCGUCGAAUCCGCUGGAGCUUCAUCUCUCGACUCAAACUGCCCAGCCGCCACCUUGCACAAAGCUCUUUUAAGAUCUGUGUCGAAUCCUCUGCUAUCCUUAACUCUCUCGAAGCACCCGUCUGCAACAGAGGUCGAUGGCUGCCCACGACUCGUCACUCCCUCAAGAAGUUCCUGGCAAAGCACGAGUGUGAAUCGAUGGACUUUGCGUUGGGCAGCCAACUACACCGCUGUGAAACGCGCCAAUCUCCAUCGCCGUUCACAUCAGCCAAGUCGCGCUAUGUAGCUGCGAGGUGCACGCGCAAGUGCCGCACUGAGUGUGACUGCCUGCAGCGUAAGGCACGCAAGGCUGCCGCAUUGCCGCGGCCCACCGUGGUCGCCACCACGCCCGGCUAUACAACCGAUGGCGCUGGUCACCACGGUCACCGCUACUCCUACACACCACGGCAGCGUGCUCCGCCGCGUAACCGUGGAAACCCGGUGCCGGCCAAGUUUGAACUCCGUGCGGCGGCCGCUCGCACUGCGGAGCUCGAUCUGGAGACCCGGCUCAUCCGGGCGUUGGAAGUGCUGCAGCAUCGCGACAUCAGCCCGGAAGACUAUGAGUUGCUGCUACAGCUGGAUGCCAGUGUGGCAAGGAAGACGGCUAGCAGCGAUGUUGUUCAGCAGCUGCCCACAUUCCAGUACAGCGGCGAUGGCGGCAUGACUGUAACGGCAGCAGCAGCAGCGCAGUGCUCGGUGUGCAUGGACUCUUACACGCCUGACAGUGUGCUAGCCCGGCUGCCCUGUGGCCAUGAGUUCCACAAGGAGUGCAUUGAGCGAUGGCUCCUUAACUCCUCACCAAACUGUCCGCUGGAUGGACUCCCACUGUCAUAGUAAUCACAGUGCCACCGUCCAGCCACCAUAGCUCGCUAUCGAGCACAAAAUUCAAACUUCCUGACCUAUCAAACACAUCAAUUCGCCGUGGACCUUCCCAUGCAUUAUGGGUAUUUCAGUAGUUUUAGCCUGUGCUGUUAUUGGCUUUUGAGCCCCCUGAGAACAUUUUUUUAAAGUUUUUAAAUAAUUAAAGAACCAUCCUAUGCCAACUACUCGUCAAGUGAAGUGGGUACUACGA